AUGGCACACACAAUUAUUUCCAUACCACUGAAAACAAUUUAUAUAUUUGAAAACAUAGUGGAUAUAAUUUAUUUUCGGGCUUUAAAUAGACCCGAUUUUACAGUUUUAUAUGCAAAGUUAUGUGCAUACAUGGCCAAUCAUGUUGCAUUUAAAAAACUUCACAAUUCUAAAAUUACUUUUCAGAAAGUUUUAGCACAAAAAAUCUUUGAUAUGUUCACCUCAUAUUAUAUUCGUACUCCUCAGAACGAAACCCCAUCUUUUUUCAAGAAUAUAUUGAAUAGUUUUCAUUUCCAAUAUUAUAAAAGGUCUUUAGCCCAUUGCAAAUUUAUCGGUGAAUUAUUCAAACAAGGGGCUUUUACCGAAAAAAAUAUACUGUCGUUCAUUCACGAAUUGAUGAAAAUAAAGCUCUUUGAAAUUAUAUCUACUUUAUCGCCACAACAACGAGAUGACUUGGAGAACGAGAACGAGUGGCAGAAUGCAUUCAUGUAA